AGAUCAUGUAGGCUGGCGCUGAAAGACCACGCAGUCUCGUCUAGCCCAUACACGCAUUGACAGACAAGUGGACAUUGGUGUUUCGAGGCCAGACGCCGCCGCCGAGGCAUUCUAGCAUUCAAGCACAAGGACGAUGAAGAAGUCACGCGUCAACAUGGAGAGGCCGUGCACACAAGAUGCACGUGGGCGUCUUAAUGCAUGAGGGCUUCCUUGCAUGCUCUUUAUGCUUCCCAAUGUCAUCGGCCAGCGGGAGCUCUGCCCCAAGGAAACAAAAGCGGAUCCAUCGUGCUUGCGACAGCUGUCGUCGCCGCAAGCAUCGAUGUGACGGGCAAGAGGGCCAAAGAUGUGGCAAUUGCACCGCUGCGGGGCGUGCUUGCACGUUUAGCGAAAAGACGCAGCGAGCUUCUCGAAAGGAGGUCAACAGGCUCAAAGAGGAGCUUCAGUCGCUGAAGGGCGACAAGAAGAAGUCCAGAAGCGCGGCCCAGCCUGCUGAAGCAGAAGACCGGGCCUUUCUUCAGGACAGCUGCUUCCUCGGCGCUUCCAGUCCCUUUCAUCUCCUCUGCACACUUCAGAAGGAGAGCACGCGGGAAGUUCGAUCGCAAACCCUCGUGACUUCCGCCGCGCAUCCAUUGCUGACCGGCGAGAAGCUCCCGGGGGAGCAGCGGCAGAGGUUGGAAGAGGUGGUCGCCCAGGUCUGGCCAGAUGCUGCCACUGAAACCGCGCUCCUGGACGCUUUCUUCGCCCAGCCCCACUGGAUCUAUCCGAUGUUCUCGGAGGGUGCCUUUAAGAUACAGCUCUCUGACGAGGGAAGCAAAGGAGACUUCGACUUUGUCCGACUUGCCUUUGCUCUCUUUGCUGUGGCGUCUCGGUAUACAGAAGUGAUCGCCGAAUCGGAAGCUCAGCUGAUCGGGGCACGGUUUUACGAUGCUUGGCAACGAUUGGAGACUGGCGGGGCAAUCGUUUCUCUCUCCCAGAUACAGUCGAGCCUUCUUGCGACAAUCUAUCUAAUGGGUACGCAGCUGGCCGCCUCUCUCGCUUGGCUUCAGCUGGGCAAGACGGUUCGGAUGCUUCAGUCUGUAGGAGCGCACAGAAGGGGACUGGCUGAUCCAUGGACGAGAGCCUGGUGGAUCGCCUACACACUUGAUCGCGAGCAAGCCUGCAUCUUCGGUCGACCGUUGGCCAUCCGAGACGAAGAUUGCGAUGUCGGCCUCCCCGAGGAUGAAGAAGAAAGGUGGGAUAGACAGACGCCCUUGAGAGGCUUCAUCUCGACGCUGCGGCUUGAUGCGAUCAUAGGGUCAAUCCUGCUCUCAGGCGCGCCAUCUGGGCGAGCGUCACAUGACGAACACCUCGUUCUGGACAGGCUCGAGCAGUGGCGAGCGACGAACCCGCUUCCAUACGACUUGCAACAAGCCAAAACCCCACUCUUCAUCCAGAGCUCGAUGCUCUUUCUCAAGUAUCAUUACUGCCGGAUGCUGCUGGCUCGAAAGGCGUUUCUUCGCGGAGAAGCGUUCCAACCAACGCUGGAGGCGUCUCAAGGCAUUGCCAAGAUCAUCGAUGGCCUGCUGCAGAGACAGCAGCAGGCGGUCAUAUGGCUCAUGCGCGGUGUGCAGAGACUGCGUUGACUCUUGUGCUGAUGCACCAUCGGGCUCAGUGCACGGACUCUGAGAGUAUACUCAAGUGUGCAGAUGGCCUCAGUCAGCUUUCAGAGCGGUGCGUUGAACGGUCUCUCCUCCAAUCUGUGCCCCCUCUAAGUGUCUACGACCAACAGAUGGAUUCUUGCAAAACACUUGCAUC